AUGGAGUUGGCGCCCGUGCUGAAAUGGGUUCGAGGUGAUGCGCUGACACGCGAUCACUGGUACGAAUUGUUCCGCUUGAUUGAACUGCCCUCCUCUAUGCGGCUCGAAGAGCUCCGGCUCCUCGAUCUGCUCGAGCACAGUCAACAGAUCGUGGCGCAGAUGGAGGCUCUGCGACGGUUGAAUCGACGGGCUCAAGCCGAGGUGGUGGUACGAGAAGCCCUACAAGAGGUGGAGACAUGGGCGGCCAGCGUCACUUUCGUCUUCGCCGAUUACGAGGACACUCAGGGCCGGCGAGUACAUUUGAUCAAGGACUGGAAGGAUGUGAUCAGUCAGGUCGGUAAAUACUGCUUCAAUCAACACACCAUAUCCACGACUAUUCUAAAAUUGGGCAGCCGCGCUCUUAAUGCAACAACUAUGUCCUUUGAGACAAUCAAUAAAUACGAAGUAGCAAUUUUACUCAUGUUGUUCACAAGAGAUGAUAUAAUGAAGUAA